AUGACCGACCGAAAAGAAACUCCAACCGAGUUCGUCGCCAAAGUCUCCGUCAAGCUCCCGGAUUUCUGGACAGAGGACCCCGACCUGUGGUUCCUUCAUGCAGAGGUGGCCUUCAGAAACGCCCAAAUCACACAGUCAAAAACCAAAUUCGGCCACAUCGUACAGAAACUUCCCCAGAAGAUUAUGGUCUUGGUACGCGGCCUGAUCAUGGGUUCUGCUGCCUCCUCAGAAACCCCUUACGAGGAUUUAAAGGCCAAGCUUGUCUCCUCGUAUACUUUAUCACGCUGGCAGAAGGUUUCCAAACUAAUUCAUCACCCUGGGCUGGGAGACCGACGCCCUACUGCUCUCAUGGACGCCAUGUUGGCCCUUCUCCCAGAAGACGAGGAACCAGGUUGCCUGUUCCAGGGUGUAUUUCUGGAGAGGUUACCCGUCCAGAUGAGGGACCAUCUAGUCUCCAGGGAAUUCAAAAACUCUAGUGAAAUGGCAUUAUACGCCAAUAGUUUGUGGGACGCCAGGAAGGCUAUACCUACCAACCACCUCCUAGCCACAGCGACGACCUUAUCAUCUUCCACAUCAUGUGGUAGAACUCAGGACCGCAGAAGCCCAUCACCGAACUGCCGUAGUCAAACCCCAGGUCCAUCAACCUCAGAGUGUUAUUUCCACAAACGUUUUGGUCCUGCAGCCAACAACUGCCGCCCUCCUUGCAGUUUCCAGGGAAACGCCAGAUGGACGACCAACUAA